UAUAUAUUCGCCGGUUGAUUAGUGUAGGUCGCUCAGAAAGCAGAUGAACCUCAGUCGUUUCACGAUCGUCAAAGGGAGCACUUGCUCCAAAAUUAUUCAAAUUUAAUUUCAAAUAAUAUCAACUUAUUUAGUUUUAAUUUAUCUUUUUUACAAUUCAUCAUUAUCAAGUGUUGGAAAAAAAAACCCUCAUAUUGAGCAUCAUAGUAACCACAAUGUCUGUUAAAAUGAUAGAUUUUCAUCAUGGCUAUUAUUGGAUCAUUGAAAAAUAUUAAUUACAACAAAAAAGGGAUGGGAUAAAUAAUUUCAUAUACAUAUCAAAAAAUUGCAAAAAAAAAAUAUUAUAUAAAUAUAUAAAUUUGAAUGUUGUGGUCCAUGUUGGGAGAUGCUGGGUUAAGUCCCUUAUCUUUGGCUCCAUCCUCUCCAAUUUCUCCAUCUUCUUCUUCAUCUUCAUCUUCUAAUACUUCAUCUUCAACAUCAGCAUCUUCUACUACUACAACAUUUAAAUCACCUUGUAAAUUUGGUCCACUUCUUUUUUGUGCUCCUUGUAAACCCAUCAAUAAGAAGAUUCAAAAUUCCACACAGUGGUAUGUUCAACAGCCCACGUGGCGUUUAUGGGGUGAAGAAAGGUGUGAUGGUGUUAUUUACACAGUUUAUCUUAAAAAAGUUAGAUAUCACAGACCAACUAAAAGCAUAUCUGCAUCUGAUUCCGAUGAUGAAAUAUCACAUUUAGAAUGGGAGACAGUACGAGUUAGAUUUUUAAAAGCUGGUACUGUUGAAAAAUUAGUUGAAAGUUUAGCAAAUGAUGAUGGUGAACUUGAAUCAACUUAUAUCAAUGUUUUUUUGGCAACUUAUCGGGCAUUUACAACACCAAAAGAAGUCUUGGAAUUAUUACUUAAAAGAUAUGAUGCACUUGAUGAUAAUACAAAUGAUCAACAUUGUAAAACACUUAUUCAAGCACUUCAUGUAUGGCUUGAUGCAUAUCCUGGUGAUUGGAAAACACCACCAACAUAUUCUUUAUUAUCUCGUUUACUUGAUUUUACACAUCGUCGUUUACCUGGUUCGGAACUUGAAGUUAAAGCAAGACAUCGUCUUCACAGAUUUCAAUGCGAAGAUCAAAUUGAUAAUUGCAUAUAUGACAAUGGAAGAUUAUCAUUCAAUGGAUCAACAGAUAGACUUGGUGAUAAUUGGUCAACGGGUUAUGAAUUUCCUGAAGUACCAAAUCGUCAUUUUGCUGAACAGCUGACACGUAUGGAUGCUGAAGUAUUUAAAAAAUUAAUUGCUCAUCAGUGUCUUGGUGCAGUAUGGUCAAGACGUGAUCGUAGUCAUGAUGCAGCAACAGUAUUAGCAACAGUUAAUCAAUUUAAUGAUGUAUCAUUAAGAGUUAUAUCAACAAUACUCAAUGAAACAACAUUAAAAUCACAAGAACGUGCUAAAAUUAUUGAAACAUGGAUUGAUAUUGCACAAGAAUUAAGAAUAUUAAAAAAUUUUAGUAGUUUAAAAGCAAUAAUAUCAGGUUUACAAAGUAAUUCUGUUUAUAGAUUAGAAAAAUGUUGGCAAUAUAUGACUAAAGAAAAACAUGAACUUUAUGUUGAACUUGAAAGAAUUUUUUCUGAAGAAAAUAAUGCAUGGACACAACGUGAAUUAUUAAUAAAAGAAGGUACUGCUAAAUUUGCUGAUACUGCAGGAAGAAGUGAUCGUCAUUUAUUAAAAUUAUUUCAAAAACAAAAUACUCAUUCUGGGAAUAUAAGUUAUGGAACAAUACCAUAUUUGGGUACAUUUUUAACUGAUUUAACAAUGAUUGAUACAGCAAUACCUGAUACAAUUGCUGAUGGUUUAAUAAAUUUUGAUAAAAGAAGAAAAGAAUUUGAGGUAUUAGCAAGAAUAAGAUUACUUCAAGGUGCAGCAAAUACAUAUAAUUUUAAAAAAGAUAUAUUAUUUGAUCGUUGGUUUUAUUCAAUUAAAGUAUUAAAUGAUAAAGAAUCAUAUAAAUUAAGUUGUCAAAUUGAAUUACCAUCAUCUGGUGGUGGUGGUAAUACAACACUUAUACGUAAAAAUAAAAAACAUAAUCAUCAAAGACAUAAAAAAAAUGAUUCAUUAGCAUCAACAUCAAGUUCAAAUAGUUCACAAUUUUAUUGUGAUUUAGAUUCAUUACCAAGUUCACCACAUAAUUCACUUGAUCGUAGAACAUCACCAUCACAAUUAUCAAGUUCGUCUUCCAGUUCAUCAUUACCAUCAUUAGAUAUAUCACUUGGUUCAGUUAAUGGUGUUGUUGGUCAAUCAACAAAUCAGUCAAAAUUAAAUCCAAAUGUUUCAUUAAAUUCAAAUGGUACUAGUACACCAAAUCUUGUUGGUAUAUCAAGUCCAAGUAGUUCACAUAAAAAUUCACCAGAUUUUUAUAUUAUUAAAGUUACAAUGGAAUGUGAAAAUAUUGAAACAGAUGGUGUUGUUAUGUAUAAAUCAAUAAUGUUAUCAAAUAAUGAAAGAACACCACAAGUUAUUAGAAAUGCAAUGUUAAAACUUGAUAUUGAAGGUAGCCCAGAUGCUUAUACUCUUGCUCAGGUAUUACCUGAUAGAGAAAUGGUAUUACCAAAUUCUGCAAAUGUUUAUUAUGCUGUUAAUACUGCUCAUAAUUUAAAUUUUAUUUUAAGACCUAGAAGAGAUAUUAAUAAUUCAACAAUUGAUAGUCCAAAAAACAAAAUCAAUGGUAAAAGAUAAUAUAACAUUUUUUUUUUUUUUUUUUAUAUAUUUAUUUAUUUAUUAGUUAUUAUUAUCAUGAAAAAUAUAAAUAAUAUCAUUUUUAAAUUCAAGCCAAAAUUUUCAUAAUCAGAUAUAUAUUUAUUAAUAGAAUCAUGUGGUUUUAAAUUUACUCAAUAAAAUAUAUUUAUAUUAUUAAUUAAAAAAUAACAAAAACAUUUUUUUUUUUAAAGUUGAUUGUACUAAUUAAAAAAAGGAUAUAUUUAAUUUUUUUUUAAAGCAGUAUACAUGAGUACAGAAAAAUUUGAAAAUAUAUAUUUAAACAAUUUAUAUUUGUUUAAAUUAUGAAAAAAAAAAAAAUUCUAUAAAGAUUAAAGUGUGAAUUGAAAUUUUUAAAUGUAAUUGUCUAAAUGAUUUUUUUAAAUAUUGCAUAUCUGUUUUUAGAUAUUAUAUAAUGACCAGGGACCAGUGAGAAAAUAUUUAUUAGUUUAUAAAUAAUCUAUUUAAAUUUGGUGUGUAAUUAUUAUUUUUUUUAUUUGUUGUUUUGAUUGUUUUAUUAUUUAAGUUUAAAAAUUUAUUAUCUAGUAAAUGAGUUGCAAAUUCUGUGAUACUGGAAUCUCUCGACUAUAUUAUAUGGCCUCCUUCACUCAAAGGCUUAGAAAUAAAAAAAAAAAAAUAAUGUAAUUUUUUUGUAAUCGUACUUAUUUGUUGUAAUUGUAAAUUUUCUUUUACAAAUGAUUUUUUUUCUUAAAAUACAAAACAAGACUUUGAAGAAAAAAAAAUAAAGUGAAUAAUUUUUUGUCGACAAAGAUUAUCAUGUAUAUAAUUUGAUGAUAUUUGUGAUUUUUAUAUUUAUCAAAAUAAUAAUUAUAUAUUCAUAUCAGUUGUAAAAUCAAUUGGAUGAAUUUUUAAAGAAAUAAAUCCACCAGAUGUACCAUUAAUUUGUCCUUUAUGAAAUAAUUCAAUUCCAUUAAGUGGUACACUUGGAUUUGUUGUAACUUCUAAAAGAUCAAUGAAUGGAAUAGUUGAUUGUGAUGCAUCCUUAACAAAAUCUGAUACACUGAUUGUGACAAAUUGAUUGUCUUCAGAAUCUUUCAUAUUUUCUUUAAAUUUAAGUGGAUUAUCAGGCUUAUCUAAAACCAAUUUAGUUCUGAAAUAGAAAUAUUCAUUAUUAAUGUUUUUUUUUUAAAGAAAAUAUUAUUAAAUUAUAUAACAAGUUGAUUAAAUUUUUUUUACAAUGGCAUAAAAAAUGUAUUUAGAUGAUAUUUUGUAUCUGUUGGGAAGGUUUCUCCAUGAAAAUUAUAAAGAACAUAUUCUGCUUCAAGUUUGAUACAUAAUUUUCUUUGAUUUUGAUUUUUUUCAAAAUAAUCAAUGCCAAAAUUUGCACCUGAAAUUAAAAUUAUUAAUGUAUUAUUUAUGAUUUUUUUGGAUUUAUUUUUUUAAUUACCAAUCAAUAAAUAUUUAGUAUCAAUAACUAAUUUUUGAAAACAUAUAUUAUCUUCAAUAUCUCUUCCUAACAAGACAAAAUCUCUAUCACGUUUUAAUGGAUGAAUUUGUCCAUCUGAGUAAACUGCUUCAUUGGGAAAAUUAUUUUCAUAAUUAAAUGUUGGAAGUGGUAUCCAUUUUUCUGUUGUUUUAUCAAUUUUUCCAUUAGAUAAAAGUUUUGCUUCACGAAGUUGAAUAUGUACCAUUCGAUCUUUUGUAACAAGUCUUGCACCAGUUGCAACCCUGUAUGAAAAAUUAAUUAUAUUAAAAAUUAUAUACUGUUUAAAUAAUAUUAUUAUUAAAUACUUAACAUGUUAUCACUUGUUCUUGACUGUAAUAAACUAAAAGCUCUUAUUGAA